UAUCCUUUGCAGUACCAGCAAAUCCACGCCGAAUUGACGGCCGCUGACUGCCGGGAACUGGGAUUCAUUAAGGCCCAGUUAAUGUGUUCUAGUUGUGACAAACUAGAUGAUUAUGGACUGGACACCAUCAAACCCCAUUGCAAGCAAUGCUGCACUUUAGAUCAACAGCCGGCGGCCCAGCGAACAUAUGCCAAGGCCAUUUUGGAGGUUUGCACCUGCAAAUUCCGGGCCUAUCCCCAGAUUCAGGCCUUUAUCCAAAGCGGCCGGCCCGCCAAGUUCCCCAAUUUGCAGAUCAAAUACGUAAGGGGCCUGGAUCCCGUGGUCAAGCUUCUAGAUGCCAGUGGUAAAGUUCAGGAGACCCUCUCCAUCACCAAAUGGAACACGGACACCGUAGAGGAGUUCUUCGAAACGCAUCUGGCCAAGGAUGGUGCCGGCAAGAGUUCUUACAGCGUGGUCGAGGAUGCCGACGGAGACGACGAAGAGGAUUAUCUGCGCACCAAUAGGAUCUGAAAUUAUCAUUCCCAAACAGUAGAUUAAUAAAUUCAAUUCAGUAGAAGUUAUAAAACUC